AUGCCGGACGACAUGUCUAUGAUUCCCUACAAUGGGGGCAACCUAGACGUUGUACUCCGGCACAAUGACUCGGUGGUUGUGUUUGACCAUGAUUCUCAGCAGCUCGCCCUUCGAAACAUGGCAGAUGACCAUGAGGGAAAUAUGGAACUUGCAAAUUGUCCCCUUUGUCACCGACCAAUGCACGAAGGCAACCGAGGCAGGCAUCGUGGGAGUACAGACCCAGAAGCGGAAUUCAUCAACCCCAACUACUUUCGCAUGCUCAACAAUAGCUUACCAAGCUCUGCACGCUCAUCGAGACCCUCUUCGCCGCGCCGCCGUCUAGUUCAGCCUGCCCUCCCCGACGGUCCCACCAGCAAUCCUUCUUCUCGGUCAGCUCCAACCCAAAGCCAAGGAAUAUCCUCGUCGGCGUUUAGUCCGGACUAUUUCAAACGAUUUUUCGUGGAAGAAAAGGUUCUUGGAAAAGGAGGGAAAGGUGUGGUUCUGCUAGUGAAACACGUACUGGAUGGCGUUUCGCUCGGCCAUUUUGCCUGCAAACGCGUCCCAGUCGGUGACGACCACGAAUGGCUGGAGAAGGUGCUAGGCGAAGUACAGCUCUUGCAAAACCUCUCACAUCAAAACCUCGUCUCCUAUCGUCAUGUCUGGCUCGAGAAUGCCAGAAUCAGCACCUUUGGUCCUAAUGUACCAUGCGCCUUUAUCAUACAGCAGUAUUGCAAUGCAGGCGAUCUACAUAACUACAUCUGCGGUGCUGUUCAGACAACGACAACCGCUCAACAGCUCAAGGAUCGCCUCCGAAGGAAGUCAAAAGGAGAGCCAGAGAUUAAACCCGAGAUGGGAGGACCUCGCAUGCUGCAGUUGGAUGAAAUUUACUCCUUCUUCAGGGACAUUACGGCCGGCUUGCGCCAUCUGCACAUGAACGGCUAUAUCCACCGUGACUUGAAGCCAAACAAUUGCCUUCUUCAUGAGACAAGCGACGGUAUCCGAGUGCUAGUCAGUGAUUUUGGCGAAGUCCAAUCACAGGAUGCAAUGCGCAGGUCAACUGGCGCGACAGGGACAGUCUCUUACUGCGCUCCUGAAGUUCUUCGACAAGAAUACCCUGGUGGGCCAUUCGGAAAUUUUACCUUCAAAUCCGACAUUUUCUCCCUUGGAAUGAUUUUGUACUUCUUGUGUUUCGGCGAACUUCCCUACCGCAGUGCUGAUAUCAUCAACGAAGACAAUGAAGACUUGGAUCAGCUUCGAGACGAGAUCACACAUUGGACUGGAUUUGACAAUGCUCGCAGGAGGAGACCCGAUCUUCCUGCCAAACUCUACUCUUUCCUAGAUCAACUACUCUCUGUGGACCCUGAUCGACGUCCGACUGCGGAUGACGUUUUGAAUGGCAUUCAAGCCGCAAACAAUGCCAGUGAGAAUUUCAGAUUUAAACGCAACAAUUCAGCUAGUCCCGACUUACCUGGGGGAGCUCGAAUUCGCACGGUUGAAAGUCCAGUAUCGCAGCCAGGCAUGGACAGGGCCCUUUCACCCAUUAAACAGAAGAUUGCACGAAGCCCCGUUUCAUUGAGGCGCGACUCAAUGUUUGACACGCCCCCUGGUUCCAGCAGCACCCCAGCAUCAGAGACGAUCUUGGAAAACAGGUCGUCACUAAGCCCUGACAAAGACCUAGUCAUGCGGCAAAGAUAUUCCACCUCCCCUCCAAAUGCAUCCACGAGACAAUUACACUCACACGAAGAAUCUAUCAACUCCCCAACCCAGCCUAUCAGUCUCACACGACAACUACUUCCACCACCACCCACCUCAUCCACAUUUCUGAACCACCUUGAUGCUUCCAGUCUCUCCCCUGGCCUACAAGUCUCCCUUUUCUUGGUCAAAGUUGUCACAGUCUUGCACCCCUGUUCACCAGUAGCAGUCAGGCCCUGGUUCCUUUAUCCCCUGCUUCUGCUAGCAGCAAUCACCUUGCGGGCCCAUGAUUUACGUGUGCAAGCUUUCUCAACAUUGCUACAUCUCAUCCUCGUGGGACUUGGUAUGAAAUUGGGGGUGCUUUGUACAUGGCAUGGGGACUUUGCUAUGGGAGUUUGA